GAGAAGAUACGCAUAGUUAGCUCCAUGUACUUAUCUGUAAUUAACAAACGAUGCAAGUGCUCCAUAUUGAUGGUGACGACUCCUAUACAUAUCCUCUUCCAGUUUCCACACUGGACAUAUCCUCUUCCAGUUUCCAUAUCCUCUUCCAGUUUCCACACUAGGUACAAGUGUGGAAACUGGAAGCAUCAAUAACUCGCUCUCUCUUAUGGUGACGGCCCCUAUACAUAUCCUCUUCCAGUUUCCACACUAGCUAGGUACAAGUGAACUUCGGUAUCUGCUGUGCAUGCUUGUAUCUUUACACAAUUUGUUCAAUCUGGAACCAUGGCUACCCCACAAGCACAACAUAUAUCACCUGCCGGGAUUCAAUUAACCACGGCUAGCGGGGAUUCAGCAACUGGGAUAGAUAGUCAAUCAGCGGACAUUGGCAUCGACAUUUCGGCUGAUUCGGCUCAACCUACCAGACCUUUGCCUUAUCUACUAGAACAUAUAAAUAGAGAACAAUACCUUAAGACAUGUGUUGCCCUCUAUAAGUAUGCACUAAAGGGCGAUUGGGAAGCUGCGGAACGAAUCUUGAAAAAGGAUACGAAACUUCUGAGAGCAAGCAUAUCUAGAGGAUGUGAAACAGUCCUUCACGUUGCAGCAGGAGCAAGACGUAUUCAUUUUGUGGAGAAACUGAUCAGCAUGAUGAACGUAGAAGAUUUGGCACUGCAGGACGUAAAUGGAAACACUGCCUUGUGUAUUGCCGCUGCGGCUGGAUCUCUAGACAUUGUCCAGAUUUUGAUACAAAAGAAUAAGUCUUUACUAUCGAUUCGAGGCGGUAAAGAUAUGACACCAGCCUACAUGGCUGUUGUGUUGGGACAGUCAGAAAUGGCAUGGCACCUGUACGCUGAAAGUAACACGAUGUUGGAGAAAACAGACCGCGAAAACUUGUUUUUUUCUUGCAUCAACAAUUGUUUGUAUGAUUUGGCCUUACCGUUGCUAAAUGAUGAUAGAACAUUAGCGACUGCACGUACUAAAUCGCAGAAAUAUAAAACAGCCUUGCAUAUAUUGGCUAGAAGGCCUUCAGCAUUUGGUGGCAGCCAAAGUCCAGGAAUGUGGAGUAGACUUAUUAACUCAUUCCUCCCAAGUUUGAAGUUUGCUUGCAAAAGAAAGUUAAAACAAGCUAAUGAAGCCCUUCAACUAGUCCAACGUCUUUGGGAAGAAAUUUUAAAAGAUGAGCAUGAAGAAGUGAUGAGGCUGAUCAAAUAUCCUUCAAAUUUAUUAUUUGACGCAGCGGAAUUAGGGAAUUAUGAGUUUCUGGCGGCACUUAUGAGCUCUUAUCCUGAGUUGGUAUGGGAAACUGAUGAAAAAAAUCGAACCAUUAUCCAUGUCGCAGUUCUGCAUCGUCAUGCAAGUAUCUUUAAUCUAGUGCAUGAAAUAGGCUCGAUCAAAGAUGUCAUAGUGACAUAUGAGGAUGAUCAGGGUAACAACAUUGUGCAUAUGGCUGCAAAAUUAGCACCUCAAAAUCAGUUGAAUCUCGUGUCAGGCGUAGCUCUUCAAAUGCAUCGAGAGUUGGUAUGGUUUGAGGAAGUCAAAAAAAUUGUUCAACCUCAGUAUAUAGAGAUGGAAAACCAACAAGGCAAAACACCUCAAGAAUUAUUCACUAAGGAGCAUAGGGCGCUCAUGCGUCAAGGAGAAUCAUGGAUGAAAGACACUGCAACUUCAUGCUUGCUCGUUGCAACUAUUAUUGCAACUGUUGUGUUUUCAGCUGCAUUUAGCAUACCAGGUGGCACAGAUGAUCAUACCGGAAAGCCCAACUUCUUAAAAGAGAAAAUGUUUCUAUACUUUACCAUAGCCGAUGGACUAGCACUUUUUUCCUCUUCAACUGCAAUGCUAAUGUUCUUGUUCAUCCUAACCUCGCGGUACGCAGAAAACGAUUUUCUCAAAUCCUUACCAUUGAAGUUGAUGAUAGGACUCACUUCCCUAUUCAUCUCUAUAGCAUCCAUGAUGAUGGCUUUUAGCACCGCCUUCUAUUUGUCUUGUCAAUAUGAAUCAAGAUGGGUUUCAGAUUUUACAUUUUUAUUUGCACUUGUCCCAGUUGCUUUGUUUGCGUUUAUGCAAUUCCCUCUCAUGUCUGACAUGUCCUCUUCUAUAUUUUGCUCAAGUUUGUUAUUUCAGCCGUGGAAACACAUGCUUUUCUAGAAGGCAAACUGAAUGUUGUACAUAUUCUACUUAAGUAAACCUUGAUUUGGUCGCAAGCUACAAUAAUUAUGUACAUAUAUGUAUAUUCUAGCUAGCAUAUGGAGUUGUAAUUAGAUUGAUCAUCUAUUUUGUUUUUUGUACGAUCAAUGCAUAAAUGGAUGAAUAUGUUGUACAAAGUUAAAGUAAUUCUCUAUGAC